UCUUUCUCUUAUUACCUAUCAUGGGUUGAGUGAGAUCAAGCCACUUCCGAGUUCGGAACAUUAAAAUUUGGUCUCAAUUACUCUUUGUUGCCUACUUGAAUUACUGAUCUGCGUGUUGGUUUUGUGUGUGAUGUAUGAUGACCUAUAAUUGUGAUUAAUAAUGUUUGUUGUCUGUGAUCUUUUUUAGUAUAUUAUGCUGUGAAAAAUCGGCAGAGUAAAUUUACUUUAUGUUCAUGCGAUACAGCCAUGUUACGGUCAGUAAAUGCAAUCUAUCCUAAUUUGCAAUAUCUGGGGUUACAAGUGUGGAAUGAUUUAAAAUUAAGUCCUGUGUGCAUACAAUGUGUGAGAUGGAAAAGGAAACCGAGGUGGUUGCCUGUGGCAAAAAGCAAGUUAUUUCGUAUUCCAGAACGACCGAAAAUUGAUGAAAGUGAAGACAUUGAGCUCAAAAGAUUACAUGAUCGCUACAGAACGGAAAUGCGCUCCGUUAGAAAUUACUUUAGGCAAGAGUUUAAAGAAACGUCAGCCAAUAGUUUAGCAGCUCUGCAGGGAAGUAAAGAUGAAGAAGAAGAACAUUUACGUUGUAUGAAGGAGAAUGAGGAAUGGAACAAACAAGUGGCUCUGCUACGAGAGCAACGUCUCACGAAAAUACAGGAGGCUAGAAAGGAGAUCAUUCUUGCGAAGAUAAUUGCUUUUGAGGAGCGAGAAAAAGAACAGCUGGAGAAAGCAGAACAGAUGGUUCGAGAGGAAAAGGAGAGAGCCAAAUUUUACAUCACAGCUGACAAUAUUGACAAAGCAAUUGAAGAUGCCUUGAUUAGUCCCGUGGAUCAUAAUUAUGCUAUCGACCUGGAAGGGCACAUAUUUCAAGGGCAUAAAACCAAACCUACUGAUGUUCCUCCAGAUAAACUAGAAAAAGUUCAAGUUCAAGGACUGGUUUCAUGAAGCAUCAUCCAGGCUGUUUCUUCUCAGUUAUUAGAGAUUAACACAGUAGCAGGUUUAUAAUAAGGUUAUUUCUCACACUGGAUAUGUCAGUGUCAUGUGAUGACUACAUACAGAUUAAAGGUACUGUGUUUGUGGGAGUAUAAGACUUUCCUGAAUUUUAAGAAGAAAUUAAAAUUUCAUUUAUAAGCCACA